CGCCCGCCCAGAACACGCAUUUCGAUUUCGGUGGUGGCUCGACGGGCGGUCCGGGAGACGACGCGGUGCACAAGGACUCAGAACUACAGCAUGGACACACUCAGUGAAGCAAAUGGCACCUUUGCCAUCAGUCUUUUAAAACUACUAUGUCAAGCAAACCCUUCAGGCAACGUGUUCUUUUCUCCCUUGAGCAUUUCUUCGGCGCUGGCCAUGGUCUUCCUGGGGACAAAAGGAGACACAGCUGCCCAGAUAGCCCAGGCACUUUCUUUAAAUGCAGAGAAAGAUCUUCAUCAAGGUUUCCAGUUGAUUCUCACUGACAUGAACAAGCCUGGCACUCAGUACCGGCUCAGCAUAGCCAACGGGCUCUUUGGAGACGAGACUUGUGACAUCCUCUCAACCUUUCAGGAAACCUGCCUUCAGUUCUACCAGGCGAAGCUGGAGCAGCUGUCCUUUGCCACAGCUGCAGACAAGUCCAGGAAACACAUCAACUCGUGGGUCUCAAAAAAGACUGACGGUAAAAUUCAAGAGUUGUUGCCAAGAAACUCUGUUGGGCCACAAACCAGCCUGGUUCUCAUUAAUGCUAUCUACUUCAAAGGAAGGUGGGAUGAAGAAUUUAAUAAAGCUCACACAAGGACCAUGCCUUUUAAAAUAAACCAGAUGGAGCGAAGACCAGUACAGAUGAUGUUUCAAGAAGGCACCUUUAAAAUCACCUACAUCGAAGAAGUGCAGGCCCAGAUCCUGGAGAUGCCCUAUGUAGGGAAAGAGCUGAGCAUGGUCAUUCUGCUCCCUGAUGCCAAUGUGGAUCUGAGGACGGUGGAAAAGGAUCUCACUUUUGAGAACUUUGCAGCUUGGACCAAGCCUGAGUGCAGGAGGAGCACUGAAGUGGAAGUCCUCCUUCCAAGGUUUAGGCUGGAAGAAAAUUAUGACAUGGAUUCCGUGCUCCAGACGUUAGGGGUGGUGGAUGUCUUUCAUCAGGGCAAGGCUGAUUUUUCUGCCAUGUCGGCGAGAGCAGAUCUGUUUCUGUCCAAGUUUGUACAUAAGUCCUUUGUGGAGGUUACUGAGGAGGGCACGGAGGCCGCUGCUGCUUCAGGCAUGAUGUUGAUGGGGUGCUGCUUUGUGGACAAGCCUCGGUUCUGUGCCGACCGCCCUUUCCUUUUCUUCAUCAGACACAACAAAACCAACAGCCUCCUCUUCUGCGGCAGGUUCGCCUCCCCCUGAGGGAGCACUUCCCAAGCGUGUGAGCAGGGCCCCUCUCGGUGUUGUCCAGCCUGGCUCUUGGGUAUCUGCUCUGUAUACACACUCAUAAAUGUACCAACACUUUCUCGGCGCUGCAGUACAGUGUUUUAAUAGCAAAAGAGAAAGGAGGAACAGAGAAAUGAAGUAUAAUCAAUCUCCCUCCUUGUCCUCUUUUUUUUUCUUUAAUGGAAGAAUUUAAUUCAUUUAUAUUGUGGGAUAUUAUGUGACACUUUUUGAAAACUGCAAUAGUUCUUUAUUUAGUUAGGGCAGAUGAUACUGAGAACAAAUUAAGUGAGAACUGUAACAAAAUACAGUGUGUAUCAUUUAGUCUCAUUAAUGUAAAGAAGCCCUAUGUAUACGUGUAAACUUAUCUAUGAGAAUCCAUUGGGAAAAGUUUGAAAAGACAUCCCUUUCACUUCUAACAGUUAUUUCUAGAGCAAGUUUGGGGGAGUAUCUGUAGAAGUAAAGCAUUCAUUGUUUUACCUACAUUAUUUCCAUAAUUCUUAAUGUUCUGUUCAUGUAAGCAGCACACAACGUGCAGUAUCUAACCAUGCAGGACUCCUUUGUUUUGAUCUCACGCUCCCUCUUGAUCUAUGUACAAUUUCCACAUGAGCACCAUCAAGAUUUUCACAGUUUGUUAUAGUUCACACAGCCUAAGGCUUUUGUAUGGUGAAUAAAACACAAGUAAACAUC